AUGGCAGAGGACCUGGGGCUGAGCUUUGGGGAAACAGCCAGCGUGGAAAUGCUGCCCGAGGACGGCAGCUGCAGGCCCAAGGCCAGAGCUGGGCUAGGAGCCAGGAGCAGCAGCGUGCACUGGGCCGUCACCUGCUGCCUGGUGUCACUCCCCAUCCUUGCAGGACUCAUCACCUACCUGCUCGUUGGCCAGCUCCGGGCCCAAGGAGAGGCCUGUGUACAGUUCCAGACUCUAAAAGGACAGGAGUUUGGACCUUCACAUCGGCGAGCUUGUAUUAUUACCUCCAUGUUUUUAAGGAAAAAUAUGUCAAAUAAAAAACAAACCCAGACUUACCAAGUCCACAGGUUCCAGCACGAGCAAAUAAACCUCUCCCUUGUCUUUGCAGUUGUGAAACAAACUUCCACACAGCACUCGAAAAAUCAGUUCCCCACUCUGCAUUGGGAACAUGAACUAGGCCUGGCCUUCACCAAGAACCGGAUGAACUACACUAAUAAAUUCCUGGUGAUCCCAGAAGCAGGAGACUACUUCGUUUACUCCCAGGUCACAUUUCGAGGGACCACGUCCGAGUGUGGUGACAUCAGCCACAGGAGGCAACAGAACAAGCCAGACUCCAUCAUCGUGGUUAUCACCAAGGUAACAGACAGCUACCCUGAGCCAACCCAGCUCCUAACGGGGACCAAGUCAAUGUGUGAAACGGGUAGCACCUGGUUCCAGCCCAUCUACCUAGGGGCCAUGUUCUCCUUGAAAGAAGGGGACAAGCUGACAGUGAACGUCAGUGACAUCUCUUUGGUGGAUUACACAAAAGAAGAUAAAACCUUCUUCGGAGCCUUCUUGCUAUAG